GUGGUGCAUCACGGUCGCGGUGGUGCGGGGCAACGAGGACGAGGACGACGGCGCGGAGGAAACGGAAGGGGCCGACGGGGACAGCGCGGCAGUGACGGCGGUGAGCAGCGGAGAAAGCGGAAACGGUGGAGGAGGCGAAAGGCGGAACCGAUCCACGGGAUCAUCGGAGCAGCAUCGGAUCGGAGUCAGGAGGACGCGGCGGUGCAAGGUGGCGUCGCAAAGGAGACGUGGUGCGAACCAAACUAUGCUCAAGUAUCUAACGCACAAGCUUCGCACACAAUCAAUCAACGAUGAGAACCACGGCGGUGAGAAGAUUGACGGGCACGACUCGGGCACCGAGUCCGACGGUGACCUGGAGCAGGACGACCUGAUACCGGAGGAACACGAGAUGGAGCUAAGUUUAAGCUCCCGCCAGGAUACGGCGUCACCGACCGAUACGGCAUGCUCCUCGGAAUCGCCCGCCUUCCUAGGGCCCUCGUCGGUUCAUCUGCUGCUGUACGAUCAGAACAGCUCCGAGGAAGAGCUGGAAGUGAUCAACGGUGCCGCAGGUGACGUCGGAAGUUGUAGCAUCGCCAACGGUGGUGGUGCCAGUGGCUUGGGUGGAGCAAGUGCCGGCGAUCAGCUAGAAGAUGACGAUGCCACCGAGGAGAUCGCUGAGGAGGAGGACGAAGAGGACGACAAGGAGGACUACGUGUCGCCAGUGCUGGGUCCAACGACGACGACGAUGACGGCGGCGACGGCGGCAACGACAAUCAUCGGUAGUGCCGCCGGUGGUCCGAUGGACACGGGCGGCGUGCGCGGUCAGUUUGUGUCCCUUGCCGGCGCUGUGAGUUUGGAGGACGUGUUCGCCGAAGACGGAGCCGAAUCGCUGGACGAGUACGCAAACGAGCUGUGCUUGGCCUCCAAUCCUUGUUCUCACACUCAGACACUCAGUUCUAACUCAUCCGACAAGCGGUUCAACAGCAGUCUGUUGGAAAAACGCAAACGAUCUCUGGCACAGAACUCGGACGAUGAGGUUCGCUACCUUUUAGAGCAGCAACAGCAAGCAACAGCGCCGACACAUCAUCCGCAGCACUCUCUUCAGUCUCAUCAUCAUCAUCAUCAUCAUCAUUCGAUGCGCCACCAGUCGGCAAAGCGAGAGCACCUGCAUCAGGAGCACCUGCAGCACCACCCGGAGGAGGCGCUUCUGUCGGCGCCAGUCAACUUCCGUACGUCGCCCCCCUUAGAAGCUUUAAAACCACACCGUGGCCAUAUUUUACAACGCUCGACCACUCCACUGAUACUCACCGAGGGCGCUUGUGUGGGGCCACCGGGAGCCGGGAGCGCCGACGUAUGGUCCGGCUCGAGAUCGUCGCUGCUCUCCUCGGCCACGUCUUCACUGUCCUCGCUCGGUGGCAGUGCGGGUUCCGGCAGUGGAUUCUACGGACCCGGGCUGGUGGGUGGUGGUACAGGCGGUCUCCGGUUCACCCUCGGCCGUCGCCCCAUUGGCUGUGAUAGUCCUCUGACUGCUGUGAGCCAUCAUCGCACCACCAACAGCACCAAUCAAUACGGUGGUGGUGGUGGCAGCAACAGCCUAGGAUCCGGUCUUAGUACAACAACCAGAGCGUCAUCAUCCUCGUCGUCGUCGUCGCCGCCACCGCCGCUGUCAUCCACGACGAGUCCGGGAUCUGCGGUAGAUCCCUGCCCCCUAGGAGCAGCAGCAGUAGAGCGGUCCAGUGGCGGCGCCUCGGUAGUAGUAACCAAUAUGGACGUCAGCCGGUCCGUUAGUCCUCCGGCGAAAAUGUUUCACUGUGCGGUUUCUCCCCGGCGCCGCCAACCGCGCCACCAGCAGCAGCGUUUGCAGCGGCCCCACAGGCCCUGUUUAGAUUUCGAUAAAAUGCAGCAACUGAAGGCACGCUCGGUGACCACUUGGCGACACAGUAACGAGCACUCGGGCGAACUGUCCGUCUUUUGCUGGUGAUGAUGAGUGACCCACGUGUUGCCCUCGCCAUGGGACGACGCGACCAGCACGACGACGACGACGGUUGGCGGCGGUUCGUUCGAAAUGGCUGUGGUGUGAUUGAUUUCCAGCCGACUCGGGCCGAUCGAGAUGAUUUCUCGAUCGAGAUUUGUGAUUUUUCCGGAAGCAACAAGACAUACACACAGUACAAGAGAGAGAGAGAGCGAGAGAGGGAUUACGUUUGUUUACGGCGUGCGAUCUCUCGGAGCGGAGCACAAGCUCGAUCGAUCGAUAGUCUUUGGGCCGGCGCGGCAGCACUACUAAAUGCGCGAUCGCCCAGAAGUUGAUGUACGCACACAGCACGAUGGCCAGAGGCCG